GUGGGGUCUGGUCCAAUGAAAAGCUGUAACAGCUGCCAUGUGAUAGUCAGGAAGUGGGAGGCUGGGGCACAAAAAGCAGGCAGACGGCACGCUGGAGGCCGGUAUGUGUUUUCCAGCUCUACUGUUUCAGUGGUAAAGCCUGUGGACUGUGGAACCUGUGACCGGUCUGACAUCAGUUUGAGGUGGCUGUGGUGCAGCCCUCCUCGGAGCUGCGUGAACAGCUUGCUUGUCUGUCCCAGGUUCUGUCUGCACGCACAGACCCAGACGAUGGAGGUUAAGAUGAUGGACUGGGACGAGGACGACGGAGCAGAGUUGGCAGAACUUCAAAGCCACUGGUCCAAAGACUCGCCUCCAUUCUUCAGUGAAGAACCUAAAAGCCCAGACACAAGAAGUCAGUGCCACAGACAGAGACCAGGGUCUCCAGGCUUCAGCUGUGUGUCUAGAAAGAGCAACCGCUCCAGAGAGUCACCUCCGUACUUCAGGGAUCUGCCCGGACCCUCAGACACUGAGCAGUACAUCACCUCAUACAGACCUCAGACCAGCACCCAUCAUACAGAUGCUGCUCUGCAGGAGGCUUUAAAUCAACAUAAGCUCAGUCUGAGGAGCAGAUGUGAACGUGUGACUGAAGGAGGUGAAACAGAAAGCAGAGUCCUCCUCACCAGCAUCUACACUGAGCUCUACAUCACAGAGGGACAGAGUGAAGAGGUGAACACACAACAUGAGGUGAGGCAGCUGGAGACAGCUUCCAAGAGGAAGACCCUCCAUGAGGCUCCCAUCAAGGUCCACGACAUCUUUAAAACCAUCUCUGACCCACACGGACCCAUCAGACUGGUUCUGACCAACGGCGUCGCUGGCGUUGGAAAAACCUUCUCUGUGCAGAAGUUCACUCUGGACUGGGCCGAGGGCCGGGAGAACCCAGACGUCAGUUUGGUGGUUCUGCUGUCGUUCAGGGAGCUGAACCUGAUCAGAGAUCAGCAGCACAGCCUUCUCACGCUGCUCCAUGUUUUCCAUCCAACGCUCCAGAAGGUCCCAGCAGAGCAGCUCGCUGUCCUGAAGCUUCUGUUCAUCUUUGACGGCCUGGAUGAAAGCAAACUCUCACUGGACUUCAGCCACAGGGAGCUGGUGUCUGACGUCACACACAAGUCAUCAGUUAAUGUGCUGCUGACCAACCUCAUCCAGGGGAACCUGCUUCCCUCGGCUCUGGUCUGGAUCACUUCCCGACCCGCAGCGGCCCAUCAGAUCCCUCCUACGUGUGUGGACAGGGUCACAGAAGUACGAGGCUUCACCGACGCCCAGAAGGACGAGUACUUCAGGAGGAGAUCCAGCCACGAGGAUCUGUCCAGCAGAAUCAUCUCGCACGUCAAGACGUCCAGGAGCCUCCACAUCAUGUGUCAGAUCCCAGUGUUCUGCUGGAUCACUGCUACGGUUCUGGAGCACAUGUUGACUACAGAGCAGAGAGGAGAGCUGCCCAGAACCCUGACGGACCUGUACUCACACUUCCUGCUGGUCCAGACCAAGAGGAAGAGGAACAAGUACCACAAAGGACAUGAGACCAGUCCACAGGAGCUGACGGAGGCUGACAGGGAAGUUCUCCUGAAGCUGGGGAGGCUGGCGUGGGAACAUCUGCAGAAAGGAAACAUCAUGUUCUACCAAGAAGACCUGGAGCAGUGUGGUCUAGACGUCACAGAGGCCUUGGUUCACUCAGGAGUCUGUACUGAGAUCUUUAAAGUAGAGAGUGUGAUUCUCCAGAAAACUGUCUACUGCUUUGUCCAUCUGAGUGUUCAGGAGUUUCUGGCUGCUGUGUACAUCUUCCACUGCUUCACCAACAGGACGUCAGAGGUUCUGGACUUUUUCCCUAGAAAAAGCUACAAGCACCCGUCCUUAGAUGUUUUCCUCAGAAGAAUUCUGGACAAAUCUCUUGAAAGUAAAAAUGGCCACCUGGACCUGUUUGCUCGCUUCCUUCAUGGCUUCUGCUUGGAGUCUAAUCAGAGAGUCUUUGAAGGUCUGUUGGACCUGACAAAGACCAGCCCAGAAAUCAUUCAGAGAGUCAUCAACAACCUGAGAAAGAUGAACACUGGUAAUAUUUCUCCAGACAGAAGCAUCAACAUCUUCCACUGUCUGAUGGAGAUGAACGACCACUCAGUCCAUCAGCAGAUCCAAGACUUCCUGAAGUCAGGGGACAUAUCAGAGAAGAGACUCUCUGAGAUCCACUGCUCAGCUCUGGCCUACAUGCUGCAGAUGUCAGAGGAGGUUCUGGAUGAGGUCGACCUAAAGAAGUACAAAACGUCCGAGGAGGGACGACUGAGGCUGAUCCCAGCUGUGAGGAACUGCAGGAAGGCUCAACUUUCUGAGUGUCGGAUCUCAACGAUUCACUGUGAGGUUGUGGCCUCAGCUCUGAAGUCCAACCCGUCACAUCUAAGAGAACUGAACCUGAAUCAAAACAAACUGCAGGACCCGUCAGUGAUGCUCAUAACAGCUGGACUGAAGAGUCCACACUGUCGACUGGAGGCUCUGUGUCUGAGCCAGUGCAGCUUGUCAGAGUCCAGCUCUAGUUCUCUGGUCUCAGCUCUGAGGACCAACCCAUCCCAUCUGACAGAACUGGACCUGAGUGAGAACAAGCUGCAGGAUUCAGCAGUGGAGCAGUUGUGUGGUUUCCUGAAGAGUCCAGACUGUCGACUGGAGACUUUGAGACUGAGUUCCUGCAGCUUGUCAGAGUCCAGCUGUGGUUCUCUGGCCUCAGCUCUGAGGUCCAGCCCGUCCCAUCUGAAAGAACUGGACCUGAGUGACAACCAGCUGCAGGAUUCAGCAGUGGAGCAGCUGUUUGGUUUCCUGAAGAGUCCAGACUGUCGACUGGAGACUCUGAGACUGCGUUCAUGCAGCUUGUCAGAGUCCAGCUGUGGUUCUCUGGUCUCAGCUCUGAGGUCCAACCCGUCCCAUCUGACAGAACUGAACCUGAGUGAGAACAAGCUGCAGGAUUCAGUAGUGGAGCAGCUGUGUGGUUUCCUGAAGAGUCCAGACUGUCGACUGGAGACUCUGAGACUAUGGGACUGCAGGUUGUCAGAGACCAGCUGUGGUUCUCUGGUCUCAGCUCUGAGGACCAACCCAUCCCAUCUGACGGAACUGAACCUAAGCAACAAUAACCUGCAGGAUUCAGGAUUGGAGCAGCUGUGUGGUUUCCUGGAGAGUCCAGACUGUCGACUGGAGACUCUGAGACUGAGUCACUGCAGCCUGUCAGGGAUCAGCUGUACCGCACUGGCGUCAGCUGUGAGGUCAAACCCUGACCAUCUGAGGGCUCUGGUGCUGAGCGGGAACAGACUGUCGGAUCCUGGAGUGAAGCUUCUGUCUGAUCUGGUGAAGAGUCCAGACUGUGGACUGCAGACUCUGAGGAAGUGAAGCCAGAGCAUCAGUAGACUGAGUGGGACUGAACAGGAUGCUGUGUGAGGCGAGAGAAGAGGAUCCUGGGGGGCUCCAUCCAGCACCGAUGGAGGAAUCUGAGAGCAUCGUCUCUGCUGAACACAGGCUCUCUGUAGUGGAGUACCUGUCGAGGCUGAUGUUCAACUUCACCUGUACAAACAUUUUUUGUUUUUUUUUGAGGUUACAUUAAAGGACAACUCACAUUGGU